AUGGCUACCACUACGAACACCACCACUAUCACUAUCACCAUCAGUCCGACGCUGAGCAUUUGCCCGUGCACUAGCAAGAUAACUCCCGCAGUCGCCGUCGACACCCCGGUGGUGCGGGCCUAUGCUCAAUGGGUCGCGAUCCGCAUCAGCAACAAAAGCACCAUCCCCAUCAAGCUGAGAAGCCUAGAAGUAUUGUGGGGAAUGCUCUACGCUAACGGGAACAAAGACAAGGAGAUGGAUGUAGACCACUACGACAACGAGGUUGUCGACCCAUCUGGACAUAUGGAAUUGAGUGCAUGCGACAGGGCGGAUGCGUCCUUGGGCACAGCAGGUCGCUUCGACCUUGUCGACACGUCCGCCAAGGACGAGAUAAUCCGCUCAUUCUACUGGGAGGGCCCGUUGGACUCGAAAGAGAAUCAGUGGACUGUCAGCGGCGAAAUUAGCAAGUGCCACAUCCAAUCCUCAGGCGCCACCCUUUCCGGCGGUCUCCUGGGAACGAUCGUCGUCGACAUCGGGCUGAGCAAUGAAACCAAUUGA